CUGGGCUUGGUUUUUGGGCUCUUUCGGUUCAUCACGUUUUCGGUUCGACCCGACCCGAACCGACCCGAACCUUUUCCGUUUCGCACAGUGAUAAAUAAAUUCUCAUCUAUUCUAUCUGUAUCUUCUCGUUCUCUUUCAAAUUCUCAAUCCUUCACUGCUACUCAUCAGGAUAUGGCAGAGGAUAUGAAAAUUGAUCAUGUUGUGGAAGUUCCUGAUACCCCAGAUAGAAUAACUGUAAGGUGUGAUGAUCAGAAAUAUUUAGGUAAUCCUGAGACGAGGGGGAGAGCUUUUAAUGUUGCUGAUGAAAUGAAUAACCACAAUAACUAUAUAAUGUCCCCGUCGAAGGAAUCUUAUUCUUCUCAAAAUGCUCCCAUCUUUAGGAGAGCCCAAACUGGUAAGAUUAUUGGACUUGGGGCAGCACAUUCUGAUGGAGCUGAAAAGAUGGAGAAAGGGAAAACUAUAAGCUCCAAGUUUCCUUCUAAACCAUCUCACUGUAGGCCUAUUUCUAUUUUGGAUUUGUCUGAAGAGAAUGGACAAUUCCAACAACUGAAACCAGCUUUCUCAAACCGUGGAUCAAGAGAUAAAGCAACUGAAGACAAGAAAGCAGUCAAUACCGAUUCUUCUAAUACAUCUAGAAAUGCCUUCACUGGAAAGUGUAAACUAGAUAAUAAAACACUUCCAGGUCCUAACAUAUCUGUGGACCGUGGCAAGAGUAUUUCUUUGUAUAAUGAUUCUCAAUCACAAAUUGAAAAGCAAGUGCCUUUGCCUCCUCGUGUUUCCACCACACCACGAGGUAGAGGGCACAAGAGAUUGGUGCGAAAUGGGUGCAUUUCACCUCAUAAUAUUGCAACAAGGGAAAAACAAUUAGCUGAACAGAGCAACCAUCAAACCAAGGAUGUUGAACAGAGUCAUGCUCUUCAUUCAGUUUCUAGUAAUGCUGUGUCGCCAAUUGGUGUCAAUGACAUAGUUUCUGGAGAGAGAGGCAGUGGUAGAGUGAAAGGAAAGGAAGUACUUGCUCAUCCUGCAUCACAUGGACAUAAUAUCGAAACUUUACGCGCACCUAGCGGUCUUGUGAUCAAUAAUGAAGAGAUCAAUCGAAUCAGUAAAACUAUAAGACAUUCACGUCAAUACUCUGGGGGACAAAGUGGUUGGAGAACUACACAUAAUGAGAGGAAUGCUGAUCAAAACUUGUAUGAUGUAAAUGGGCAUCAUUUGAGGAGAAAUAAUGAUCUUGGGAGAUUUAGUAAUAGACAGAAUACAAACAGAAUGGACAGGAGAAACACUGGGAGUGGUCAAAGCAGCAAACACGUACAUGGUUCUCUAUCAAAUCAUGCAUCUCAACAAACUUCUGUGAUUAUUCCAGAUGUGGACCUGUCAUCUGGAACCCGUCAUACUAAUGAGAUUCUGACUAAGAGGCAAAGAAAACGUGAAUCACCUUUGGGAAAUCCUAAUGAAGAAUCUUAUAGUUCAGACAUUAUGUUCCUUGGUUCAUCUGGGGAAUCAUCAAGCUCAUCCUGGAGCCCUGUCUUGGAUCCUGAAGUGGUUGAGUUGUUAUCCGCCCCCAUGCCAAGGGGAUCGAGCUCAUCUCAGAGUCCUGUCUUGGAUCCUGAAGUGGUUGAGUUGUUAUCCACACCAAGGCACACCAACAGAUUGUCUGAAGGUUUAGAUGAUAAUGACAACAAUAGCUCAGAAGCGCGGGCAAGACAAGUGGAAGCAGAUGAGAUAUUGGCACGUGAACUCCAAGAACAACUGUAUCAUGAUGAUUCUUUUGAAGGAAGAGGGAUUGAUGAACAUUUAGCAUGGGAGAUGCAGCAUGCAGAGAAUCUUCUGCGGACAUCUAUUGAUAUUCAUGACGAUAUGAAUCAUCCUGCACGGUUUCCCAGGGGAAAUAGACAGCCUCGUACUCGGUCUCAUCAAAAUUCCUCUAGAAGGAGAGCUACGUCUCAAGUUUCUCUCUCUGAUAGAAUGUCUCAGUUGAGGAGUCACAUUGCAAGUCGGACUCGGCCACCUAUUAUAUCAUCUAGAGGAAGAGGUCCCCAGUUUCCUCUUGAUAUGGACUUAGACAUGAGAAUUGAUAUAUUGGAAGCUCUAGAAGAUUCAAUGGGGGAUUUCAGUGAUAUGGGAAUGGUUGAUGGCAUCUUUAAUGCGCGGCAUGACUUCAAUGAAGCCGAUUAUGAAAUGUUGUUGGCCCUUGAUGAGGGAAAUCACCAACAUACUGGUGCUUCAACCAAUCUGAUCAAUAGCUUGCCGCAGUCCACCCUCCAGACUAACAACUUCACAGAGGCAUGUGCCAUCUGUCUAGAAACCCCAGAAAAGGGAGAAACUAUUCGCCACCUUCCUUGUUUACACAAAUUUCACAAAGAUUGUAUUGAUCCUUGGCUCCGUAGGAAAACAUCAUGCCCGGUGUGCAAGUCAUCUAUCACCUAAUUUUGAGAUUUAAAUAGUCAAAUGUAUGGUGCUGCAGUGUGUUAUCUCUGCCACCUCAUUUUGUUUUUCAAGGUAAAAAGCCAAAGUUGAAACUGUCACAGACACAUGCUACCUUUUCAUAGUGUUUUAUUUUAUCAUUUUGAUGCAUUAGAUAUUCAAAAGUGAAUAGAAAGGUAUUACAAGUUGGUGACUUUCCUGGUGCUGAUAUAUUGUUACUGUGUUUUGAAUUAUGAUUAGUUCUGGGACAUGAAUGAUGCAUAUUGAGAUAACUGUUCUGAAUCACGGUGUUGUAAUUGAACUUCUGCUGGUGGUAGUGAAGUCUGCAAAGCAGUGGCAACUGAAAGGUCAUUGUUUCCUAAGACAGAUGAACUACGAACAUUUGGUCGAUGGAAACAGAUGGCAGCUACUAUCAUAUGGAAUUCAAAGUGAAUUUGCAUGUGGUAAUUGCUAAUGAUGUUUAUGAUCAUAUUCAUGUAUCGUUGCAAUGUUUUUCCCCUGCUGCAUAUAGAUGGGGUAAUUUACCCUUGAAAAUAAAAUGAAAUAUGUCAAUUGAACUUGAAUUGAUUUUUCCCCCUUGUCAAAUGAACGAGAUUGACAAUAUUUUUUGCAACCUAAUAAUGAUUGUUCUCUUUUAA